AUGGAGACAUUUACAAUUCAUGAAAUGCUCAUAAACUCGACAAAUCUUUAUAAGAUUUUAUGCGGCUUUGGAAUCAAGAAUGUCUCAGAAUGCGACGAGGAAAGCGAGACCCCCACGGAACCGAAAGAUUUGAACCAGACGGUUCGCAUUGUCCUCUACAGCCUCAUAUUCUUGGUCAGCGUGUUGGGCAACAGCCUGAUCAUCGGCGUGCUGGUGAGGAACCGCCGCAUGCGCACCGUCACGAACCUGUUCCUGCUGUCCCUGGCGGCCAGCGACUUGAUGCUCUGCCUCUUCUGCAUGCCUUUCACCCUCAUCCCCAACCUCAUGAGAGACUUCGUGUUUGGGUCUGGCAUCUGCAAAGUGGCAAUGUACUUCAUGGGUGUCUCGGUGAGCGUGUCAACCUUCAACCUGGUGGCCAUUUCUCUGGAGCGCUACAGCGCCAUCUGCAACCCACUGACCUCGCGUACAUGGCAGACCAAGUCCCACGCCGCCAAGGUCAUCUCCGCCACCUGGCUGGCGAGCUUCCUGCUCAUGCUUCCCUACCCGAUCUCCAGCACCCUCGUGCCCUUCACCCGCAUCAACAACAGCACUGGCAACAUGUGCCGCCUGGUCUGGCCCGGCGACAUCAUCCAGCAGUCUUGGUACGUGUCCUUGCUGCUGUUGCUCUUCCUGGUCCCAGGGAUUGUCAUGAUGACAGCCUAUGGGCUCAUCUCCCUGGAGCUCUACCGGGGCAUCAAGUUUGAGAUGACCACCAGGAAGGCCAGCAGAGAGAGGGUGUGCAGCUCCGGCAGCGUCAAGCCCAGCGACAGCAACGGCUGCUCCUUCCAGCCCGGCAGGGAGAAGGGCGAGCUCUCCCGCCUCCAAAGCCUGCCGCCGGCCCCCGGCGCCGGCGCGACCGUCAACACCCGGGACAGCGCGCGCGGGCCGGCCAACCGGUCCAAGCUGAACCGCGUGUCCAGCAACAGCUCCGCCUCCAACCUGAUGGCCAAGAAGCGCGUGAUCCGCAUGCUCCUCCUCAUCGUCGGCCUGUUCUUCCUCUGCUGGACGCCGGUGUUCGCCGUUAACGCCUGGCGGGCGUUCGACCGCCGCUCCGCCGACAGGCUACUCUCCGGAGCGCCGAUCUCCUUCAUCCACCUGUUGUCUUACACCUCGGCCUGCGUCAACCCGAUUAUAUACUGCUUCAUGAAUAAGCGUUUCCGCCAAGGGAUCUUGACCACCUUCGCGUGCCGCAGCUGGCCCGGGACUGGGGUGUCGGGGAGGGAGGCCGGGAGCAGAAAGGGGACAGGCAGGAGUGGAGGAAGAGGACGGCUGAGGAGCGGAGAGGAGAACGGGCAUACGCCGCCGAGUGGCAACAGCACACGUUUCACGUACAGUAGCAUCCGCGGCUCCGCUCAAGCCUAGCCCGUCACGGCAGCCUCGUCCAGUCUCAACUAACUGUUCGCCCAAGGCCGGGUGGCUCGUCCAAAGUGUCUGCCCCCCCCCACUGUUUUUAAUGAGCUUUCAGUCUCCCUUCGGGGCCUUGCCUGCUUUCCUCCUUUUAAGUCCCUGUGCCGGUGAGAAUGGACAUGUGAGGAGAGGAUCUGGAGCCAACAAACGACUUGAUGGGUUGGUUGGACCUCAUGAAAUCAGGAGGUGAAGUGAUGGACCAGACUACGGCUUUUAAGACAGAACUAUAAAGAAAGACUGGUGGCCCCAGACACAGAGCUCAAUGACGCACUGUACCUGACGAGAUAUGCUGCUUUGACAGGGGCAACUAAAUAACGUACAUUAUGGGCCAGUUUUGCAGACACAGAUUUAGCCUUGGUCCUGCAGGAAAAAAAACUAUUUAGAUGGAGAUUCUACAUCGAUAUUGAUUUGUUUUGUGCUAGACUUGGCUUAAUCUGUUUCUAGGAAACCGACCCAUUAGGUGAAAGAGACGCUUUUAGACCCCCAUAUAGACAGACCUUCACAUGAAACUCCCGUGAUGGGUACAAUCAUCCCAGUCUCCCUUCAUUUAAGACUUCCAACUCCCCUGAAUCAAAACAUAGACAGUCAGCCCUGGGACCAACAGAGAGACGUUCAGCCCUGGGACAAACAGAGCGACAUUCAGCCCUGGGACAAACAGAGAGACAGUCGGCCCUUUGACAAAGCCAGCCUUAGUCUUGGUUUGACAUUGACCAGACAGUACCAGAGAACCGGCAAGCAGUUGCUGCGGAGCCACGUACGAUGUCAGCGUGUCUGAGGCGUGCAGUGCCCUGGACAACCUGCUGCUCCUCUACAUUACAUAAUCUCCCCUUUGUUUUGGACAAAUUAUCAUCUGCAACUUGAAACAGCAAACUGCCACACACAAAUACAUUUAUAACUUCCCGUAAGUCGGGGACUUCCUUUUACAGGCAUUGUGACAGGAAUAUUCCCAACUGUGUAUUAGUAGGUACCAUCCCAGGCUGUUGUGCAUUCUUUAAAUGUCCUAGCCUUGCAGCAUAGCGUGAUGCUUCUUGAAUAGGGCCGCCCAACAUUGUUCCUGGAGAUCUACUGUCCUGCAACCGCUCUCUUCAACCCCAUUCAUAAAUACCCUGGUUUAGCUUUUCAUCCAUCUGAUUAUUAGAAUCAGGCGUGCUAAAUUAGAGUUGGUGGAAACCUACAGGACAGUAGAUUUCCAGCAACAGGGUUGGGCACCCCUGCCAGUCCAGAACACACUGAGUGCAUAGAAAGUUGUGUCGAGCCGUCCUUGACCCCGGUCAGGGAGUUCACCCAGUUGUACCUCACGUACCACCACAUAAUAGCAGCGUCAAGACUCUUAUCGUGGCGUGGGAUUCUGUCCACCUGUCUGUCGCUUAACUUCAAAAAGGACAUUUCCUGGCACUAGCCCGUUACUCGUUGUUGACUUGGUAUGUUCAACAUACUGCAGUGCAAAUGUAGAAAAUCAUUUUUUCCUCUCCAGUCAUUUUCUUGUAGUAUCGUGUCAUUGGUAACUGUAUGCUAAACUGUGGUUUCUGUGUUGCUCUCCCAGGGAGAUUAUGUGAAGUGCACGGACUGCGUAAAUAUAUAAGGAAGUGGAAUUAUUAAAAGGUGUAAGUGUUACAGUGA